GGAAUGCUAUUGUUACCUCCUGAUUUUGAACUAGCCAUUCAGGUUUCUUGGGUUUCCCGAGAGGAUCGACUGAGCAAGAAGAAGGUAAAAAAUUUUCCCAAAAGAGUAAUAAUGAUGACUGUAAACUGAGUAUUCACCCACCAGGCGCUGCUUUUAAGUCAAAAGGAAACCCGAUAAUGUAAAAAUUACACUUCCUAUUCCGGAAGUGUGAAGGCAGAGAAGUCAUCUAACUCUACUAAGCUUCCGCUUUACUCGUAUCCAGCGGGCUUCUUGCGCUGUUUUUUAUGUUGUUUUUUUUUCUCUCGAGAUGCAAACUAAAAACUUUAAUGAGCUUUUCAGAGCGGUGAAAGAUGUCACUCCUGUUGUCACCAGUGGAGCUCUCGUAGUGGCUCUUUUCUCCUGCGUUUUAUUUGGCAUACGAACCCAUCUCAGCCUGCCUGAGGAGAGCUUCAGCAUCGGAGCAACAGUUUUCCAAAGCGGCCACAUACACCGCCUCUUCCUGUUCCCCUUUCACCACCGAAGCCUCCCUCAGCUCCUGCUGAGCAUCACUGCUCUGCUGUUUCUGACUGGCAGUGUGGAGAAAGGCUUCGGCACGGUUCGCUUCCUGUUCAUCUUCCUCCUUCUCACCUCCAUUACUGGUGUGAUUUACAGUUUCUUGGAUCUUCUGCAGGAUGCCAGCCAGCACACAGAGGGUCUGCUCCCAGUGGUCUUGGCCUGUGUGGCCUUGACAACCCUACACACUAAGAUGACCAAAGGUUUUCUCUGUGGGGUCAGUUUUCCUGCGGUGGCCCUCCCCUGGGUGCUCCUCGUCAUCUGCACGGCCCUCGUCCCUCACAGUGUGCUUCUCUGCAAUGUUAUUGCCAUACUGAUCGGCUGGGUGCAUGGGAAAGGCUGGCUGUCUCCUGUGGACAUGUCUGAGUCCAGGGCUGCCGUUCUGGAGAAGAUUCUGCUGUUUAAGUUGCUGAGGAGCAUCAGCGGUGUCAUGUUCGUCCCUGCAUCCUCGCAGGAGAGGAGGAAGACCCUGCUUCCACAAAUAAACCCCACUCCUGGAUCGUACCCGGUUCAAGCUUAUGCAUCGCUGCCCAGCACUACCACCACUCACACCCCAGCUACAGUGUAUGAGGGCUGGCCCCACUCAGCCAGCUUGACACCAUCUCAACCUCCUCAUGGACACCUUACACCAAACAGUGUUGGACACAAUCAUGGACAUUUUGCAACACACAGUGUUGGACACAACCAUGGACAUUUCUCAGAUCAAAUUGUGGGACAAAGUUGUAGCCAUGGCCACAGUCAUAGUCAUGGACCUAUGCAGUAGUUGUGGGUUUUUUAUUUGAUUGCUUAACGAAUCCUCUCACUUCUUUGUGUUUCAUUCUUAGAUGUUACAGCAUCCAAAGUGAAGGACUUGGUAAAUGCGGUUAUGAUUUUAAUAUUUUAUACCUUUUUUUUUUUUUAAUGUGGUGUUUCUUUGUAAAAAAAAUAAAUUGUUUGGGUUUUUUUGUUUUACAACUUUUUAUACUUCCAGUAAUAAAUCUAUAUUUCAAAAGGCCUCUAGUUGUAUGUGAUCCGAUAACUAAUUAAUAGUGUCAGGCUGUAGUUACUCACAGCAACAGGGUGGUUGAAUUUAUCAAGGUUUUAAAAUGUCAUGGUUUCAAAACCACUAAA